AUGGAUGUGCCAGACUGCAAACCGAUGCUUGGAAACUUUGUGGUAAUCAUAGCUUCUACGCAGGAGGCAUAUUAAAACAGAGCAUACUCGAGGACAGCGGCCGCGACGAUAGCACGGAUGUAACGAAGUCCAACACCGGAGUUUCGAAGUCUUCUGACAUCUAUCGUCCACUUCGCCUUAACCCCGUAUUUUAUGGUAAGCGAGGGAGUAUCAGUUAACUCUUCUAGACCAAGAUCCCUCCGCUAUUAAUAAGCGGCGUUCCCGAGAAAAGGUCCGGGCUGCUAAGCUGCUGCUCGAGGAUACCAAUAUAAACGAGGACGAGGAUCUACCCGUAGAAGUUUAUGUAGGUGGAUUUUAAGUGGGUCACCUCCCCCUCUCCUUUUCUACAUCAUAGUAUGGUUCGUCUAUUAGUGAUGCAAAAUUUCUCAAGAAGAUGCGAGAGAAGGAAAGGUAAGCUUUUGCAUUGGUUUGUUUAUUCCCUAUUUUAAGGUACGAAGAGGAGAACUUUACGCGCUUGCCUCCUACAAAACGGGAACGUCUUCUGGAGAGGCGAAUGGCGAGGGGUGAAUUUCUGGACAGCAAUACACGCAUCAACCACAUUAGGAAGCUCCUUGAGAGUGUAAGUUUGAAGGUUGCCGCGUAUGAUUUAAAGGCGCCAAGGAUACCAAAGCAAAGGGCGAUAGUUACCUCAAUUUACGUGUUUCUGGGUCACAGUGCCUUAGUCAGCCUGAAACAGCGUACUGUGAUCUGCAGCACGGUUUUGUCAUCCGUGCCAAGUGUUCCGUCUUCUUCCUUUAAAAUCUGAUAAGAUCCUUCCGCCGGUACUGCAACAGUCCGACAGCGAUGAGUUGAGUUCCGUGUUUUGCCAUCGAUUACCUAGGGCUUAUGGCACUUAAAUACUCCUCCAAAGCUCGGCCUUUUUUCAUAUUCUGUCCCUCUGUCACUAACGCAGUCGCGCAAACUUUGCGAGUCGGUGGUCUUUGGACUUUUUUUAAUAACAUCGGAGGUAACGGUUGUUUUCGAACUAGACCAGAGGAUUAUCCGUUAAAUGUCUGUUAGUGUGGUUAGCCAAAUGGUCGGAGGGAGAUAUGAUGCAUAAGGAUGCUUAUCGCUUCUGAGUAAGUCGUAGAUAUGUGGCAGUAUAAUCAGUACGCAAGAUCUCAAGCGCCAAGCCGCGGUACUUUCUCACUUCCAAAACAAUGGGCCUCCAUGCAUCCAAUAGUACACUUGGUAAACGGAACUUUUAUUCGUAGUUGGAAAUUCAGUUUCUCUUGCGCUUAGUCGUUCUGUUCUUCUGAAUUAAUGAUUUAAAUACUGCUUUCAUACCCGUCUUCAGAAAGACACAAUGAAUGUCGAUGACAACGUUGCAGCGGGAUAUUUGUGAAUCACCACCCUCUCUUUCGUUCAGGCUGGAUACCUUUCCGAAGGUAGAAUGGGGAAUAUCCAUGAAAAUACGAGUUCAGGAACUUGAGAAAUAGACAAGAUCACUGAAACAAGGACUUUAUUAGCCGGAUGUUUCGAAUUCAUGCUCGAAGUCAUCAUCAUAGACAGCAUUAGAUGCGAUCAAUUCAUACACAAGGGGUCGUAGUAUUUGUAGGGUUCAGUCGCCAUGCUACCUAUAACAGUUAACGCCUCUCUCCUUUGUCGAAGAUAGUUGCCCUUGGUGCGAUAAUUCUUUGAUGGACGACAUUCGAGUCGUUUAUCGCCUCAGUUUUAUCACCAGUGUUGGGUGUUGGCACGAUAAUCACUCGGUCAUUUAGCCCACUGACACUGACACUGCAAACAGUGUUCGCUUGCGCGCUCCACGAGUUCAGAAAAUGCUGAUCUGAAGACUGGAGAACCCGACGUUUAAAACUCUCAAGCCACCAUGCCUGGGCAAGUUGUGCAGCGCUGAUUUGGCUAACGCCACGGCGUUCGCUUCGACUGACACUUCCGGACUCAACUGAUGAAUGGGCAAGCCGAACAUAGGUGCAGGCUGCACUGCUUGCUGAGUAUCAAGUCACCAGGCGCCAAUAAAUGCUUCUGCCCUCACUAGAGUUGACCUGUGCACAGUGUCUCAGGCAUCUAAAAUAAAAAUAAAUGCAGCUUACGCAGUUAUGAAGACCUCGGUGACCUCGGCGGGCGAAGCUUGAGUACAGUCAACGUUCUGGCCUCCUGAGAUAAAAGGCCCCGAUCAAGACCGCGGUGUUUUUUUUCACAAGUGAAUCGGCUAAAUAGUUCAGAUUUGCCAGAAUAACCUAUUAAAAAUCUGUUCUCUUGCAGUUGGAAAGGAGUAGGAUUGUGUCUUUCCUGGUGAAUAUAGAGCGGCACUUCACUUGGCCCUAGGAAAUGUCUGAAGUUGCCGAUUUCUACGUGUUACGGGGUUUUGGUUUUCACACGAAAGACGAUACAAUAAUCAUUAAUGCAUUGACACAUUUAUUUUACGUAGUCUCCCGGCACAACCCCAUUAUAAUGUUAACCCUCAUCAUGCAGCAGUUAUUUCCUCCGCCGGUCACCUCGUCUGCUCACGCCGCUGGCAUCUUUUCGUACGAAUUCGAACUACAAGGCUGGACUAAAAAAUCCGAGGAUCUCGUGAAGAGAAGGAUGCGCUGUGUUCACAUCGCCUUUGCUCGCUUCCUUUCAGCACCAUGGCAGUAAUUGUGAAUGUGCGAAAGCGGCUGGAAUUUGCUGAGUUCAGUCAUCAUCACUGGGGAUAGUCGUUGUCUGCGCAGAUCUUUAUGCAAAUAUUUGAGAUUCGAAAAACCGCCUCUGAACAUGAACCUUUUGAUAGGGUGUCUAUCUGAAUGACGCAGGUUCAUUUUAAAAUUCAGUUACUCAGGGGUAGGAGGAGGAUACAUCUCCACUCCUUUACACCUCACCAAGGCGUAUUGCUAUGGGCAACGAUUUAUUAGAGAUCGGAAAAGAUUCCUUACUGGGAUAAGGUGAAAUUUUGUUCGCCUCAAAUGAAUGAGGUAACUUAACAAAGUACGAUAACGCAUGUGAUUGACUUUCCAUAUUUUUGCGUAGUCAUAUUGUUUCUUUCUGAGAUGAGCUCAACUCAGAGUUGGUCCAUCCUUUUGAAGCCUUUUUUCUUAUCCAAAAAACGUGAUGCCGUGUGAACGCACUUUAACUUCGAAAAUAAGGCUCGACCACUAAUUUAGAAUGGCGGAUGAUGUGUAACUUGGGCCUCUGGGACCGCGUACUUGUUAUCUAAGGUUUGCCAUGGCAAACUUGCUCACUCAGUUGAAAGUGACUGAACUGUCGGAGACAGCGUCUCGGCCCACCGGACUGUCACAGGCAAUGGUUCCUAAAUGGUGUUCGUUUAUGUGGGAUCUGGAACCUGGUUCGGGUCCAGGUCGUAUGCGGCAGCCGCGUGAGCCACCUCCCCAUCUGCCGCCAGAGCACAGUUGGCGUGAGACUGAUGCCAUAAAAGUGCCCUUCAUUGAAAACACAUCCACACACAUAAGUUACCACUGUGUCCUCUUGGGGACAUUGGUGUUUCUCGUUGUUGACGGCAGAGGCAAACUGCCGUCUGUCGGACUGUCACAGGCAAUGGUUCCUACAGUGAGUGACCGAUCUCAUGAAACGUUGACUGAAAUUCCGAAAUGCGUUUUCGAUUAGGAAGGAUUACUUAGGCGCGGUUGUAAUACUGAUUAUCUUGUGGCAUAAUCCUAUACUAUCUCGGACCCGACAGGAUGUCAGCUUUUAAAUACACUGCCUUCCAAUCUCCUGUAGAAACCGUACUCGGCAAAAAAUGACUACUUAAGUAGCAUGCAUUUUCCCCAUUGAUAUUCGGUGGUCAUGCAAAUUCAAAUAUACCUUGUAGAAACCAUAAACAAAAAUACGCUUUCAUUCAGUCGUCUGAUAGAGAAUCACGUCUUCUUUAUAUUUCAUACUCAAGAAAGGAGUAUCCUUAGGUUUUAAAAAAGUUUCUAAUUAUGAGAUUUUUUAAAACCGUGCAAUGUCCAUUCAUACGGCAUCGUACCUAUACGUUUGCCACUGCUCCUCAUGAAAUGCGCAACAUAGUCCGCAUCCACUGAACAAUUUUAUGAACUCUAUAUGAUAUCUUUUUAAAGGCCUAGAAGAGUGUGUGAUUUUCUUUUCGCGGAAGGCAUUCACCUUGUAGAUUGAAGUCACUUAUCGCUAGUGCAACGAAUGAUCAGGCUCCAAAUUAUUCGGCAAUUGGGAAACUCUUUUAAAGCCUAAUUAUACUCCUUCUUCGAGUAUGAAAUAUAUAUAUGACGCGAUUCUCUAUCAAACGACUGAAGGGAAACAUAUUUUUCUCCGUGCUUUCUCUAAAAUAUAUUUUAAUUUGCAUGACCACCGAAUAUCAAUGGGGAAAAUGCAUGCUACUUAAGUAGUACUUUUUUUUACCGAGUACGGUUUCUACAAGAGAUUGAAAAGCAGUGUAUUCAAAAGCUGACAUCCUGCCGAGUCCGAAAUGUUAUAAGAUUAUGCCACAAGAUAAUCAGUAUUACAACCGCGCCUAAGUAAUCCUUCCUAAUCGAAAACGCAUUUCAGAAUUUCAGCCAACAUUUCGUGAGAUCGGUCACUCACUGUAAAUGUGGCUGUUAUGGUGUCCGUUUAUGUGAGAUUUGAAACCUGGUUCAUGCGUUGCUCGGGUCCCGGUCGUAUGCGGCAGCCGCGUGAGCCACCUCUCCAUCUGCCGCCAGAACACAUUUGGCGUGAGACUGAUGCCAUAAAAGUGCCCUUCAUUGAAAACAUAUCCACACACAUAAGUUACCACUGUGUCCUCUUGGGGCCAUUGGUGUUUCUCGUUGUUGACGGCAGAGGCAGACUGCCUUCUGUACAGGUCGUCGAAUCUUCUGCUCGUCUGUGGACGUCACGCGUUGUAGAAAUUGACACAUCACAAAUCAGAACUGUUGACACCACAUAAGCACUCUGCGCCUCCCUAGGAGUGGAGGAAAUUUCGCCAACCUAUCUGAUAAUUGCGAAUUCCGCCGACCACCGCGCCAAUCCCCGAACCGCGGUAUUGGGAAAUCGAUAACUCUGACUGGGCGCUGUAUGCAGAUUUUGCUGCCUUUCGGCCAACUGGCAUCUUCUCCGAUUUGCUCUCACCCGCCUCGUGCUGGGAACCAUUUUUUGCAAUAGCCUUCAUUUUAAUUGCUUAAUCAACAGUUAUUUCUAAUUUUCGCGUUUUGCCCUUUUCUUUGCAGUCCGACGAUGAGGCUGACCUACGAGCUCCUUUUCCAAAGGUAUCGCAUCUGUAAGCUAAUUACACAUUGUUUUAGAAAAAGAACAAACAUAAAAAACGGCCCAAGAAGUCUGGACGAAAGGGUGGAAAGAGAAAACGCUUUUGA